GUAUGUUAAUAAUGUAUUAUGCGUACGGCUGAACGAAUAAUGACGGUAUAAUCAGUAAUAUUACUAGCUAUUUAUCGUCUUAUCAGAAUGUGUAUAUUCUAUGAUUCUAUAUACAUUCUACUAUAGUUUUUAAUUUAUGUAUUUUUUAUUAUAAAUUUGAACUCACUAUCCCUUAUCACAAGCUAUGUUUGUUGUCAAUAUGUUUAUUUUUCCCGUAAAAAUUAAUGUAUACGCUGUUGUUAUUGACAAACAAAGAUUAUUAUUAUUAUUAAUGACCGGGUUACGACAAUAGUACAAUACGACCAUUCAUGUCAGUGAUGUCAUCAUUAACCAUACGUGUAUGAAAAAAACCAAUGGUACAUUUUUAAAAAAUGUACAUUAUAUGGACUUGACUUUGGUGGUAAUUUUUGACAUUAACCUAGUUUUAAGCAAUUCUGCUGAUCUGCUCUAAAAUCCGUAAAACUUUACCAAAAACUAUGAAGUUUUGUAUACAUGAUGAAUUAUGCCGUAUUUAAAUAAUCUGUUAGUUUCGUUAGUACAGUACUACCUGCUAUUGAGCUAAAGUUGUUCGUGGUCCCAGUUCAGCAAUUCAGCAAAUUGGACUGACCCCUGUUGGGUUCAGAAAAUCAAUUUUACUUAUUAAAUUUAAUUAUGGUGCUUGUACUUUGUGUUUUUUUAAUGAAACACUGGCGUCAAGUUAAGGUGAGGGGGAGCGGAGAGAUGAACAAUAAAUUGUAUCUUAAUUUAUUUAAUGUAAAAACUGAUGACGAGGGCCGAUGGUACGCAACGAAAUUUUUUUGUGGUGGAUCAUUAAUGUCCUGUAUAGAUCCAAAGAGGCUAGUGGGACACACUAAAUUGUUGAUUUUCUUAAUAAAUAUAUAUAGAUUAUAUAAUAUAUAUAUAUAGACUUGAUAUAUUAUUGGUAAUUUUGAAUUAAAUAUUUUAGAAUUAAAAACGGAAGAAAAACUCGAGGAGGUCGGUCUAAAUAGUAAAUUUCCAAUAAUCUGGAUAUGGGUGUUUAGUUCAGUGGCACAUUUAAAUCCUAAUCAGUGGGUUAUCAAAUUAUUUAUCAAUGGCAGACUGAAAAAUGAUAACAGCAAAAAGCUGUGGCAAUGUUUGAAUUUUUGAUUUUUAAUUACAGAAUACAGAGAGUGGCAUAGUGGCAUAGAGUUUCAAUUUCAAUCUCGACAAUUUAAAGAAAAAAACUUUCGAUGGCGAAGUCGUCGCAAAAGGUGCUGCUUGGUUUUGUAGAUGAACCCAUUACCGAAAGCUAUGCAGACGAUACGUAUAUGGUAAAUAAAAUCGGAGGGUUGCCUGUAAGUAAUUUUCUUAUUAAAUUAAUAAUUAUUAAAUCCAUUUUUAUUUUUUAAUAAAAAUACUAUUGUCCUUAGGAUAAUAGACAGAACCGUAAUUUGUUACCAAAAUGUCAACUGUGCAAUCACCAAGUGCCUUUACUCGUUCAGAUAUAUGCACCUCUUACUAAUUCAAUUUAUCACAGAACAUUAUACAUAUACGCAUGUAUGAAUCCAAGUUGUUGGAACAAAUCUGAAAGGUAUAAUAAUAUUAUAUAAUGUGUCAUAUACCUAUUAAAAAUAUUAAUUUAUAUUUAGUUGGAUAUGUAUGAGACGGCAGUGGGUUGCUGAUGCUAGUGUAAACCACAUUGAUGUUAAACAGCAGUCAGCGACAUUUAUAGAGUGGUGUGAAGAUGCAGACAACUGGGGUGAUGAAGCUGAAUUCGAAGAAGAAAACGGCAAUGCCAUUGUUAAAAGUCAAGCAAUCGAAACUAAUGCUUUAGCAAGUGCAGAGUUAGAAAAAUCUGAUUGCGACGAUAAUGUAGUUGUUGAACCAAUUGAAUCACCACAUACCGAUGUUCUUCAGUUACUGGAUAGUAGAAAAGAAAUAAUUUUAGUAAGUUUUACGAUAACUGUUAUACAGUUUUAUUUAUAUACAACUUGUCAACUUGGUCCCUGAUAACUUGAAUCUAAAAGUGCAUGUUAAUGUCUUGUUUAUACUCAGUGUCGGAUCUAAGAUAUUUUUAUGGGGAGGGAGGGAUGCUAUUAUGUGCUAUAAUAUUCUGUAUAGUCUAUCCUGAUUAUAUGACUUUUAGUCCUAAAAAAUGAAUGUGCUUAAUAUUUAAAAAGAUAGUUAUGAGUGGAAACUUUAAAAACACACAUCUAAAAUAAAUUCCUUUAUUUUAAAAAAAAUACUCUCUGUAAUAUAAUGAUAAAAAAAUAAAUGUUUAAAUGAAAAAUUAAAAUUCCAUCACAUAUUCAUUAUAAUUGAUAAACAAUAAAAUUCAAUCAAAAUUAUUUGGUUAUUUUGACUAAUCUUCUAACUCCAUCCUUUUCUUUUUUUUGCACAAAUGUGGCAAUAACUUGGUUUAUUUCUAUUACUAUCUGUUUGUGUGUGUUUAAUAUAGCCAAACCGUUACUUAGACGUAACUCGGGCGUAGUGGAUUAUAACUAAUUUUUUAACCUUUUUAAAGUUGAGAAAAAUCUUUCCGCUGUGGCUGUAGAAACUAGUAACCUGAUAUAAAAGUAUAUUGAUGUUGGGAAAAAAUUUACUGCAGUGUUCUAACGCUUCAACUGAAAUUUGUAAAUUGUUUUAAAUUUAGGCCCACUUGUUUUUCCACACAUUUAUUUCUGUAAUUCUAAUUCCGAACCCUUAAUAUCUUCAUAAUAAAAUUUGGCAGAUUCAUAGAAACAUUCCAGGCCUUCUAAAAAUGCAUGUAUACGUAUAGUAUUUGUUUUAACCAUAUAGCAACAUGCCAAGGAGGAUACUAUAGCUCCCUAGCACCCCUCUUUGGAUCUGCACCUGUUUAUACUAGGCUUAUUAAUAAUCUUUAAUAAUUUCAACAGGAACACCAUGAUAUGAAUGUAUAUUUUGAACCAUAUUAUAUCUCUGUAUUGUAUGAUUAUAAUGAAUCAGCUGAUGUAGUAAAAGAACAUGCAGUUAAAUUAUUAAAUAACUAUAAAAAUAAUCAGCAGAUGCUCGAAGAAAAAAACGAAGACUAUGAAAAGAGUUUACCUGCUCAUGGUGAUAAAUAUUUCGAAACGUUUGCAUCAAAAUUAAGAAAAAAUCCUGGACAAAUUUUAAGGUUAGUUGCAAUGAAUUUAUUUGUAUCAAAUCUGGAAAAAUGAGAGUGCCUAAUGUAUUAGAUGUAAUAUAUGUAUUCCAUUUUCCCAUUUGCCCAUCUAUCAAACUAUUACAAAAUUAAAUAUUUAUUUUAUAAAUACUAAAUUAAUAGAUCAUUUUUUUUUAAAUUUUUUUUUUAACAAUUCAAAUACAUUUUGAUAAAUCUUUUUGUGAUUUUCCUUUGCUUUUUAGAAAAAUCAAUACUUUCCUGUAAUAAAAUUAGGUCAAAUUAUAUUCCUUAGAUAUACAAUUAAUCUUAAAAAAAUAUAUAGUAACAUCAGUUAUUGGUAUUCAUUAAUAGUUAAAUCAUAGUAUUAUUUGUACUGUAAUUUUAUUGUUUAAAUAAAAUAAAAAUAGUUUUGAAAACUUGUGUUAUUUAGAUACUGUCGAGAUGGGGGUAAACCAUUAUUUUUGUAUGAAGAAAUGGAACCAAAUAAAUGUAUUAACUGCCAAGGUAAAUUGUUAUUUGAGUUACAAAUUCUUCCAUCAUUAAUUCCAUAUUUGAAAGUUGUGUGCGGAGAAGAUCAUCAUGGUAGUGGUUACUUGGAAUUUGGAACAGCUUUAAUAUACACAUGUGAAAAUAGUUGCUGGACUGAAGGUGAUAUUCAUAAGUAUGAAUGUGUUAUAGUUCAAGAAGAAAAAUUAUUUUAAAUAUUGUGCAAUGUAUUACACU